UGACCGUGACAAGAACAGAAUGUACUUAUAGUUAUAUUUCUGUCUUUCUACCGUCCACUUAUCGUAAUCUAUGGUUGAUUUGAUAGUCAAAUAAAACAACGUGAUAGAGCAGCAAAAUGUCAGUUUGAUAAAAUCGUCGCUUAAUAAAAUUGUUUUGUUAAUUUACUGCUAUUAUUAUUUUUGGAUUCUGAAUUGUAAAUUAGCUGCUGUUCAAUGGAGUUAGACAUGGGUUUGAAGGGUAUCUCAGUGGUUAUGAAAUAUCUGAUUUUCAUAUUUAACCUAUUAUUUGUGAUUGUUGGCAUCAUACUAAUAUCCGUGGGUGGUGUCAUCAAAGCAGAAUACGCCAACUAUGUUUGGUUCCUUGACAACAGAUUCUUCUCUGUGCCUGCAUUGCUCAUAGCAACAGGAGUCAUCAUUUUUGUGGUGGCUUUCUUUGGUUGCUGUGGUGUCGUCAAAGAGAACUAUUGCAUGGUGUUAACGUUCUCGCUGCUGCUGAUAGUCAUAUUCAUCUUGGAGCUGUCGGCUGGCAUUGCAGGCUACGUGCUCAGAGACAAUGCAGAGCAGUUUCUUGUGGGGAAGCUGUACGCGUCCAUGGAUCACUACAACGCUACUGGGGGCUCGUCAGUGGUGUGGGAUAACACUCAGCGCUUGUUUGGUUGCUGUGGCGUGGUCAAUGCCAGCGACUGGAGCGACAGGUACAAGCAGCAAGGGGAGCGCCUGCCCGUUUCGUGCUGUCACCUGGUGGUGCAGCAGUGGGGCGGUGAUCCCUGCACCGUCCGGAGUGGCAACCUCAACGAGCCGGGCUGCCUGGGUGCCCUCAAGGUGUUUGUGGCCGGCCACGCCGCCACCCUGGGGGGCAUUGGCAUCGGCAUUGCAGUCAUUCAGUUGCUUGGUCUGGUGUUUGCCUGCAGCCUCACAAAGAAUUUCAGAAAACGUGAUGUGUCUGUUUAAUAUGAGAUGCCAUGUAUAAUAACAUAAGGGUAUCAAUUUGAGUUAUUUGUAGGGAGGUAUAAUUUUUGUACUUCAGUUGUUGUAUAAAAGCAUUUAACCAUUUAUAUAUAAAUUGGCAACUAUAUCUGUGAUUGUAUUGCUCAAAUAGCUGACUAAAGAAUUGCUCAAGUGUCCUAUGGCACAAAUAUUGAAGUGAAAAUUCAUGAAAUUUAAUGUGUAUAAUGCUAUGUGCAUAACACAGAUUAUAAAUAAAAAAAUAUUUUUAUAGUGAUUAUAAAACAUUAAAAGAAUAUUAGUUUUGGGUUUUAGAUACAUACUUUGCUAGGUAGAAGUGAAAAUAGGUAUCUAGAAAUCUAUAUCAUAAAAAGAAUUUAAACUUCUUAUGAUAAAUGUUGUGUGAGGUUGUUCUCUAAGUAAUGGCAAACAUUUAUGAAUGAAAACAUGCAAGAUGAAUUUGAAAUGUAAUCUAAUGUUUAACUCAUAACUACAAAAUGUCCUAAGCUAGACUGGUCUAGCCAAUUUCUCUGUACACGCAGUGAAAUUAAUUCAUUUGCUUGUUUGUUCAGUCAUUAUGAGGUAGCAAUCAUGAGACACACAUUUGUAAACACCUUUCAUAUGUUAAGGAUCUCUUGGCUGAGCUUGUUGCCUGUAUUUGGGUUGGUAUUUUCAUUAUUAUUCUUUUCUGACUUGUCUGUAGUCAGUUUUGGCCUUAAAGAUAAUGCCAGGAAUAAUGAUAGAAAAAUUAUGGUUUUAGGAAAUUUUAAGUGUGUUAAGUUUUUCAAUAGCAGAAUUGGGGACAUGUAUUUUGAUUUACUUUAUAUGUAUUUUGUUUUGCUUGAUAUUAUGUUUGUUUUACUUUGUAUCGUGGUAAUUAUUUUAAGUUCCAUGUUAAUUGUUGAGGGGUGUUGUUCCUGGUUUUUCGACUACUAACCCGUAUAUUUUAACUGUUAUUGAUGUAGGAGUUCACAGCAUAUAAGGACACUGUUGAAGGAUUUUCUGUGUGCACAUGUCAGCAAUGCAUUAUUAGUGAUGGUAGGAAUUUUUAGAAAAGUUAUUUUCUGAAAUUUUUAAGUUGCACAAAAAGAGGGAAGUCUGAUUUAAUCAAUUUUUUCUUCCAUGCCCGAACAAUUCCAAGUGUUAGAUCAAUUCUUAUGUUCAGCAUGUUUGGGGUAUAUCCAACCACUUGCUUAUGCAACUUCUAUAGUGCCUAUGUUUGAAAAUAAAACAAAAGCAAUUAUGUUAGUAAUGUGCUAUUAAAGAUAUAAACUUUUAUUGAUUUAAUGGAAGUGAAAGUACAGAAAUGUGCGUAAAUGAAGUAGAGAGAACUAUUUAUGGCUAUUUGGACACAGAAAAGGCAUGCUAAUUAUUCUGAUGCCUUUGCAUUGUAACUUAACCUCACCCCAACCGAACUUACCCAACCCACAAGAAUUCCACUAAACUUACUAAUUGCUACCUAGAACAUUUCUAAUGUAAGCAUACUUAAUGUUCAUAAUUUCAAAGCCGCACCCAAAUAUAUUAGUAAGUGCUUUAAACAUAAUUAUGAUUACUGGAAACGCCUUAUAUGAAAAUUUAAUAGAAUGAAUUAAAAGUGCUAGCAUAGACUGUUUUGGAAUACAUUCUUAAAAGUUCAUUCCAGACACAUCCUGUGGGCUUCAUGGGCUUAAUGGCACUAUCUUUUAGUAAAAAGGUAAGCAUAUUCUGUUGCUUAGUCAGCCAAAUGCUGACCCUUUUUAUGUUUCUCUUACUGUCAAAUAAUCAUCUUGAACAUGUGAAAUUUGAAAAUUGGCUAUUAAGUGGGAUAUAUUUGUAAACAAAAACCAAUGACUGCCAAAAAAAGUGUUUCUUUGUUGAUACACCUGCUUGUUAGUCUCAAGAGAGUAUAAAUAUUCUUUCACAACUGGGUACCCAUAAUAAUUUAAAUUUAAAUGAUCCUUUGGUUAAGGCUGCAUUGGUAGAAACAUUUGAUUUUUUAAAACAGGAUAUUUUGGUGUUAUAGUUUUUAUUAUUUAAGCAUUCUCUUUUUUCAUAAAGAUAGCAUAAUAUUACACAAAUAAUUCAUGAUAUUUUUUUCACAAAAACAAUGUCAUUUUGACUGAUACGUAAAGCACUUUUACUAUAUAUUAACUAAUUUGUAAUAAGCAUGUCUUAAUGACUUUGAAAAACAAAAUUAAAUAAACACUUAUUUUUAUCUUUAAAAAAUGUACCAAUGUUGUGUUGUAAAAAUGAGUUGCCAGUAACAGUUGCAAGAUUUAAAAAAUUAUAAAAUAUUUUAUUUAGUACAUUCGUUUUGUUACAAAUUCAUUGUUAGAUAAAUAACAUUUAUUGAAUUUAAAUUUCAAAAGAUUACAAAUUUGUAUUUAUCUAUUUAUGUUUUGUUUAAAAAUGUUGAUAUUUUGUGAUUGCAGUUGCAUUUCAGUUUUAUAGUGUACAUGUAUUGACAUGCUUUUCAAUGUUCUCAGUUUUAUAGCAGUUCGCCAUAUUAUCUUGUCCCAGUGCAUUGGUAAAGGUCUCGUCCAGUGUAAUGUUUGGCGUUUCCUAUCUUGGUACAUGCUACAUAUAACAAAGAACCUGUUUAAUUUUACAUUACGUAGCAUCCAAAGUGAAUUUCAACUUUUUCGUUAUGAGAGAGAGAAAAAAAUACUGUGAUAAAAAAUUGUUAGCCGGAGUGCUUUUUUUUUUUUUAGCAACACAUGCUUUUUUUUAGCAAAUAAAACCUUGCUUUUUAGAUUCCUCUGAAUUUCUUCCAGUUGUAUUUCUCAAAGAUCAUUUUAUUUGUAGGAAUUUUCGUCGUUGCACAAAAGUUGCACGAACAAGCUAUCAGAAUUAUUCGGGCAUGACAAUGAGGUUAUGUUUGAGAAAUGUGCCAUGUAAAAAAAUAUAUUUUCAUUAUAGACAGCUAAAUGAUGGUACUGUAUAUUGUUUUGCUAGUUGUGCAUAGAAAGUGACUUACUGUCUUAUUUUGUUUAUGUACCAUUAGGCUUACUGUAUGUAUGUAAGAGUAAGCCUACUGUUUAGCUAUUGUUAUAGACUGUGGGUUUCAAAAAACUUUUCCAUUGUUUUGUUUAUAAGUAUGUAUUUUUUUGGGAUAGUAAAUACCUACUUGAAAACA